AUGAUGGACUCUGAAAUUAAUGCAGGUGAUGUACUGCUAACUCAUAAGCAGCAGAGAAGUUCUAGAAGUAGAUCACCACCAUCUCUACCACCUGUUCAUAGAAGUGACUCGAGAGGUGAUGAGAGAGAUAUUGAUAGGGACAGAGGUGUAGUCGAUAGAGACAGCAGAGAGAAUCGUGAUGGUGAUAGAGACCGUGGCAGCAACAGUGACAGAGACAGAUACGUCUCAGACCGUUCACCAGGUCCAGGCAGUGAUAGAUCAAACAGAUUGGCAAAUACUGCCCCACCCAGUAAGGUACUUGGAGUGUUUGGUCUCAGUCCAAAGACUACUAGAUAUGACUUGGAGGAUACGUUCAAGAAGUUUGGCAAGAUUGAGAAUGUCAGUUUGAUCAUGGAUAAGAAGACAAACAGAUCAAAGUGCUUUGCCUUUGUCUACUUUGAGAGCAAGGACGAUGCCAUCAAGGCCAAGAAUGAGUGCCAGAACCUUAUAAUGGAACGGCAAGCUAAUUAG